AUGUGUUCUGUGUUCUCCAUAUGCAGCACUGUCCAACCGUUUGACCUGUCACCUCAGGAUAAGAACACUGUGUAUUCCAAGGAUGAUGUCAUCACCAAACAUGGCCGCAGGCCAGCCCCAGAGUUCACUGCUACAGCCGUAGUGGACGGACAGUUCAAAGAGGUCAAGCUGUCCUACUACAGAGGGAAGUAUGUAGUGCUGUUUUUCUACCUGCUGGACUUCACCUUUGUUUGCCCCACUGAGAUUGUGGCCUUCAGUGAACGUGCUGAGGAGUUCAGGAAGAGUGACUGUGAGGUCUUGGCAGCCUCUACAGACUCCCACUUCAGUCACCUGGCCUGGAUCAACACAGAGAAGAAACAUGGAGGUCUGGGCCCUAUGAAGAUCCCUCUGCUGGCUGACCCCACCCAGGCCAUCUCCAGGGACUACGGAGUGCUGAAGGAGGAUGAGGGCAUAGCCUACAGAUCUGUUACCAAGCUCUGGGACAAAGGUCUGUUUGGGAUUGAUGACAAGGGCAUCCUGAAGCAGAUCCCCAUCAACGACCUGUCAGUAGUGUGCUCUGUGGAUGAGACACUGCACCUGGUGCAGGCCUUCCAGCACACUGACAAGUUUAGAGAGGUGUGCCCAGCAGGAUGGAGACCAGGGAGAGACACCAUCGUCCCGGACAGCCAGAAGAGCAAGGAGUUUUUCUCCAAACAGAACUGAUCCAUCCACACCUCCUUAGAGGUGCUACGUCUAUACAGGGUACUAACUGAGCCCUUACUGUUGUUAGCUGGAUCGCUGACUGACUGAGUCUGCUGAUCGCAUUGAUUCUGUGUCAACUACACUGUCAGUGGGGAUGUGUUUUGUGAGAUUUCUUGAAAAUUAUAUAUUAUUUGUGUAUUAGGCUUGAUGUUGAUUCCAUCAUGGGGCUUAUUUUACU